AUGGCCAAGAAAAGCAAGUUACUUGCGGCACUUGAUGCUCACAAGGGGCGAGACUAUGAGGCUGAGAAGAGGAAGGCCCAGGCAAAAGCAGCUGAGAAGCGGAAGCGACAGAAGUCCGUAAAGGCAGGCGGCGAGGCAAGCGACGAGCCUGAAGAAGCCGGCAAAGUGGCUCCCUCUACGAGUAAAGAAACGCAAAACCCUAAUACUGGAAACGACUUUGCCAGCUUUUCUGACGGAGGUGAUGAGAACAAGGAGAACUAUUCGGCAAAUAGCCAGAAUACUAACACCAAUGGCACAAUACCACAACCUCCUCAGCCUGCUGAUGCAUCUGCUUCGGAAGGGGAGGGUGACUCGGAUGUGCCGCUCUCCGACCUUGAGGAUGAGGACCUCGAAGAUACGAUCCCGCAUCAGAGACUGACCAUCAACAAUGGCCCUGCGCUCAUCGCCUCCCGCAAUCGAAUUGCUCUGGUUAAAUCCUCCAAGACACCGUUCCACUAUCACAACUCUCUUAUUUCCUCCCUGCCACCAGUCUCGGAAUCUAUUCCAGACCCGAACGAUGAUUUGACGAGAGAGCUGGAAUUUUACCGCAUCGCUCGCGAGGCCGCGGUGGAAGGACGAACACUGCUGAAAAAAGAAAAAAUCCCCUUCACCAGGCCACAUGACUACUUUGCCGAGAUGGUCAAAAGCGACGAGCAUAUGGGCAAGGUCAAAAGAAAGAUGUACGACGAUGCAGCGGGGAAGAAGGCAGCAGAGGAGGCCAGGAAACUGCGAGAUGCAAAGAAGUUUGGCAAGGCCGUGCAGGUUGCUAAGGAGCAGGAAAGAGCAAAGGAAAAGAGGAAUACAUUGGAUAAGAUCAAGGAGCUGAAGAGGAAACGCAAAGGCCAAGACACUGGCAAAGUUAAAGAGGAUGAUGAGAACCUGUUCCAGAGUAUUGACGUCGAAGACGGUCCUUCCAAAGAUAAGUCUGGUCGGGAACGAGGCGAAGGGCUUAAUGUCAAGAGACAGAAACGGGACCAAAAAUAUGGGUUUGGAGGAAAGAAACGAUUCUCGAAGAGUGGUGACGCGGUCAGCAGUGCAGAUAUCCGCGGGUUCUCGGCGGCGAAGAUGAAGGGCAAAGCAAAAGCGAAGAGGCCGGGAAAGAGCAAGAGAGCGGCAGCUAGGUGA